AUGGCGCAAGAGUCAAAAAUCGACUUGGCCCUAAAGCUGAGGCAACUUGAAACACUCUUGGCAGAAAUUGAACUGACGACGAACAGGCUGGCCGUUUAUUUCGGGCAGACUGGGGCCGAAGCCAGAACAAUCGAGUAUCAGAUGAGGAAAAUCCAGGAUAACAGUCACGUGUCGCUUGGUCCCGUCAGAAAACUGGUUGCCGAACGACAGAGGGCAAGAAAAACUGACCGGCUGCCCGAUGUUAACCCGGGGGGAAGUGUCUUCGUGACGAACGAGGACCUCAAUUUCGAUUUCGAUUCCAUAAACGUGCAAGACAUGGAGGUGGAAAGUGAGGAGAGCAUCAAGAAAAAAGUGAUGGAAGAGAAAAAAUUGAAGCUGGAGACGGAAAUGCUGAAGAGGAAGAUGAUGAUGGAGGAGGCAGAACGAGAGAACAUGAGAAAGAAGGGAAGGGUAGAUCUGAAAAAGUGGACAACCUAUAGUUACAAGCUGGCCAGCUUGGAACCUCAAAUCGAACACAUGAACCAGAAUCACUUCCUGUCAACCUGCCACAUAAAAACGUCACCGCUUCACGCAAUCUUCAACCAGGAAGACCUCCUCGUCAACUUUGUAGAUGUCACUAACUAUCAAAUCAACUACACGGAACACGAGGAGCUGUUGAAUCACGUGAUCUACGUGAGGUCAUCGGCCAGGAAUGGAGAUGUGCCGUACGAAUUUCAACUCCCUAUCCGUCUCCUGAUACCACAUCCACCCAUUACACGGACGAGAGAAACCGUUAUCAAAGUUUUGCACUGCUCAAAAAGUUUAAAACAUAAGCUCAAACUACAGAGCAGAGAAACCAAAAUCAACAUCUUCAAACGAAAGUACAUAAAAAGUGAAGGCGACGAAGCCGACGACGAUGAGGAUGGCGGUGAGGGACCUCGUAGAAGUCCUGCUGCUGCUGAUAAGCAGAAUGAUAAACUUCAGUGUUUUCGAGAGGAUACAGCUAUGAACAGUGAAGCCACUGGUUGCGACAACAACCACAGCCGCAACAACCGCAGCUUCGACAUUAUUAAUGACGCAAACAACAGCUGCCAUGUAAAAAACAGUUUAAAUGGUAAACAUUCAAUGAGUUGCGAUGACGUCAUCGUUGUACCCGAUGCUAAUGACGUCGAUGGUAAUGACCGAGAGAAACACGCCAGCAGCAGCAGCAGCAACUUCAACGACAACAUCAACAACAACAUCAACAACAACGGUGAUAAUGACAAUGAUAAUGAUGAUUGUAUAGACGUUGAUAACGGUGAUGAUGAAAAUGAUGAUGUUGUUAAUGAUGGCGAUGAUGAACGAAGUAGCAACACAAAUUGUUGGGAAGAGAAAAAUACAGUCAAAUUAAACAAUGCAUCUGAAGCCGGUUUCACAUCCCAUGACAACAAUUCAGUCUCAUACAUCCCCAUCGACCACAUACCGCGUCAUGGACUGCUUUUCGCCAUCGUCAGUAGACCGAAAUGCGACAAGAGUCAUUUUGGUCCAAAAGGUGGAAAAUUAAUUCAGAGUGUUGACUCUAGGAUUAACGUCCUGGUGCCGAAAUUGGCUUUUGAGGAAAAAACUGAAGUUCAAUUGCAGACCAUCUGGAACAGCAACAGCGCUAUCUCGAAGUUCAAACAGCAACAGCAGCGCCAAAGUCAACAAAACUCUCAUGCCGACGAUCAACCCAUCCCUGCGACAAACGAUUCCGAUCCUGAAUUUCUCGGUAUAACACCAUUCCUGAGUAUUGAAACUGAACACAAUCCAUUGAAACAUCUGAUGGUUAAGAUCAUCCAGCCGUCCGGAGCAAGCAAGCGUAAAAAAAUGAAAUCCCAGGUUAAAUUCGUCGCCAACAAUCCGGACGGUGAUGAACAAGUCACAAUCGACAACAAAAACAACAAAGAUAUCGAGUCGGAUAGAAAUUUAAACGCCAACAACGAUAUAAACCACAACGACGACAACAACAACACUACAGACGGGAGACCAAAUAUAAAAACGCACCUAACUCUACCUCCUCUCUUUAACUCAAUCAACGAUCAGAACGUUCAGAGCAAACCCCCAAAAGAUUACAUUGUCCUGGUGACAAAAGAUACAACAAGCAAAUGGAAAGCGAGACCCGAGGUUGAGUUCAUCGUUCAGAAUGACGUCAUUCUCUUCGUUUUAACCGAGCCAUUGAAAAAAUUAGCGUUUUUACGUCUGUCGCAGCCAGCAGACCCAGCGAUCAUCGCUAAGAUGAUAUCAGCCUUUGAAGUGGUAACAUACGAAAAAGAGUCCAGCCCCCAUCCGCUCCACCAUCAUCUUCUUCCUACUUCCCACCAUUCUUCGUCGCCAUCUUCCAUCACGUCUUCAAUUGUUUUAGAGUGCGUCAGGGCGGAGAAUAUUGAAAAAGUGGUCUACAAGUUUGACAUGAUGGGAUAUGAUUCGGUAAGAACGGAGGAGACGAAAUUCAGCAUACAUGAAGGCGACCGCUUGAAACUCAUAUUCAAAGGCAACGUACGAUUCAAAGACAAUGGAGAUGUCAGAUCUGUUGUUUUUCAUUCAAAUCUCAGUACCUGUUUCAUGCAGGCAGACAUCAGCGAGAUAGAUUCCUUCGCUCAGAACGCACUACUGAUGUACAGAGGCUGUCUGCAAAUCAGAUCAGAGAAGAGCCAACAACCGAAACGACAACAACAACAACAGAUGAGAGUGUUACAGAAACACGAAAGCAGACUAGAUGAAAAACGCAGUCAGUUGACAAAGAAGCAGACGAGCAUGCAUCCAGGCGUACAGUGGAAUAGUAAGACCACGUCUGUGGAGGACGAUGGCGACGCUGAUCUGCUGUGCGAAAUCCAAAUACUGCUACCUAAGAAAAGACAUGACCCACCAAAUCUGAGGAGGAUUCAAAUCGCCAUUAAGGACGAACCUCCCCUCUCAGGUGAUUUUUUCGACCGACUUUCAUCUUCACUGGGCGAUAAAUGGACGAGUCUGGCCGAGAAGUUGAAAAUCAGUCAAGUGUCGGUCCAGCGAAUAAAAAACUCAUGCACCAGACGGUUUCUUACCGAAGAAAGCGAGUUCACGUCUGUCAUACACAACAUGGCCGCCAAGCAAAUGCUUUUCCAGUGGUUCAAAACUUCGCCAAAGUCUUCCAAUAAGGUCAAAGAACUACGCUGGGCACUGGCGGCUGUCGGCAGAAACGAUCUACUUGCUGAAUUUGGAGGAGAAUGA